UUCAGCCGCCUAUAGCAGCAGCACUCCGUUAAGCCAUGGCCACACGAGCUGAGCGCUAAAUAAAAAAUUUAAAAGCAAGCAAACACGAAAAACGAAAAACAAAGCUGGAAAAGAAAUUUUAAAAGCAAUUAACAACAUUUGCUGUCAGCUUUCACACAAACACACGCACAUAUAACUGCACAUGGGCGCACGAAAAAAAAAUAAACUAGAACAAAACUAUAGUCAGAGGCAGCAUAAAUGCAGAGGAAUUAGUUACGAGAAGACAACAUGAAGAGCAAGGCCAACAAAAAGAGUGCAUUUUGAAGCAGAGUGAAUUUUAUUUGAAUUUAGUUGAACUCGACCGACGCCCAGUUGCAAGUGCGACGAGUUGAUUUGUGCAGUGAACUGCAGUUAUUUGAUGAAAAGUGCCAAGGAUUUAAUAAAUAUUUGUGGAAAUGGAAUAUUAUUUUCGUACAAAUAAACAGUUAAAAAAAUAAAUUCAUGAAAAAUAUUGAAUACUAAAAUACAUAAAAAAUAAGAAAUUUUCAGCAGCGUAAAUUAAAAUUGUAAAAAAAUGCACACUCGUCGCGCACAAAAAUAUUUCAUUUUUCUCAACAUAUUGGCAACACUGCGCCAACACCCGCGACUACAGCAACACCAACAAAUUGCGACAAUUAUUGUGUCAGCAACAUCAAUGGCAGACGACAUAACAACACAAACAACUAUGCAAGCUUUAAGUGAUUUUGCAAGCGUCAGGGUAGCAGCAGUAACAAAAGGAGGUGGUCCAGCAUUCGCAAGGACAACAUCCGCAUUCGCUUUUGUUGAUGAAGUGUUGCCGCAUAAUGACAGUGUUGCCACUACAACAAUGUUGCAUGCAAAAGCGAUUGACAGCAACGCUAACAACAGCAAUAACAACGUUAAAUACAAUAACAGCGAAGACUUUGCACAGCUGAUAGAGCGCAAAUUGCAGGAAGAGCAAAAGGCGACAGCGGCAUCCGCUUCGUUAACGGUGAAUGCAGCUGCACCGCCGGACCGUUUACUUUCGCGCAAACGUCGUUAUUUGAUCUUUCCGGAGGGCAGCUCAUUUCAAGUGGUAUAUGACGGCAUCUACGGCAUUGUGGAUUACACCAACUAUCUUAUUCUCGGCAUAACCGUUGCCUUGGCUUGGGAGCUGCCCAGUAAGCCGCAAGGAGAAGUCAUCGAAGAAAUCGCCACCCGUUUGAGAGAACCCACAAACGACUUGCGGCGUAACGACACGGCAACACACAUCACGUAUGUGGACACAAAAGCGAAGCCAACACAAACACCAAAGCAACAAAAUUUGCAACCGUCGAAGAGUUUACAACCGAACUACAUCAAUCUCAUGACGUUGACAAAUCCUGCCGCAAGGAAGAGUGACUCCCAGUAUUACUAUAUGAAAGCGGAUCGACUGCCGGCUGCCUUCCAUGUGCCAAUGCAUCAGAAAUAUUAUUAUUAUAAGGGCAGUAAUCAAUAUGAUUACAAUAACAAGAAAUAUCAUAUGUUGCAACGGCCCAAAGACAGUUACUACCGCACUCAAGUGGCACGACCCAUUGGUGGUUAUUAUCGGGAACAACCGAACGAUUGGCGACGCAAGGACCAAUACUACUAUGGUGGCGGCAAUAAAAACAAAUUUUAUAAAAGCAACAACAACAACAAUUUAAAGACGCUAAAAGUGCAUCCGUUCAACAAGUGGACGUCGCAACAACAACAACAGCGCACCUCUUCACUCCGCAGUUACAAGCCUCAAGCGCAGAGCGGGAACGUCCAGUAUCCCUGGUGGAAUCUGAGAUCGAGGCUAUCGAAUUCAUUGCGUAGAAAACCAAUUCCCUCAAGACGUAUUGACAGUGGCAGCAGUCAGCCAAUGCAACAGCGACAACAAAAGCAACAACAAGGAUCAGCUAAACAACAACAACAACUAAGGCAACAAGAGCAAGUGCAACAAAAGCAAAAACAAGCCGCAUCCGGAUUUUAUCAACAGCCACCUGCCACAGCACGGAAACAUCGAAUUUAUCCGGUUUUCGGUAAGCGCAGCAUAGCAGAUGAGCCUGCAACAGCGCACUCAGCUGCAGCAAUGCAUAACAACAACAAUAGCAACAACAACAAUUCGCAUACCACAAAUCAUGGCGAAGAGCAAGAGUCAACGCCACAUCGUCGCUAUCGUCGCAGCGGCAUUGCCGGCAACGAGUUGAGUCGCAUGGAGCGCAUACAUGUGCGCCAUCAUCGCCGAACACGGCAAACGCUCUACGAGAAGAUUGAAAAGUAUCUGGACAAACUUGAAAUAGCAAACAGUCAUCAUUGUAUUUUGCGUGCUCUCUGUGAGACUGGACAAAAAUCGAAAGAGCUUGCGCCGGGCACUUUUGUUGGUGAAUUAAUGCGUGCUGUUUUUACAAUGCCCGAAGCUUUGGACGAAGAUAUAAUGGAGAAUCGUAUGCAUUACAAGGAAAAACGUUUUGACACUGCCAAUGCAUUUCAAGGCAGCUGCGCCGAAGAGUAUGCACUCUGCCAGAAAUCUCUAUGGGAAUCGGAAUUUGUUCAAUAAAGAAAUUUGAUUCAAAAUAAAAAUAUUGCGGGAUAAUUGAAGAUAUAAAAAAAUAUUGACAAAAUAAUAUACUAAAUAACUUUUUUAUGAA